AGGAGUAUCCCGAGACUUGUGCCGUGCUGGUGCGCAGACACGGGGUGUAUGUGUGGGGCGAUACCUGGGAGAAGGCCAAGGCAAUGUGUGAGUGCUAUGACUACCUGUUUGAAAUUGCCGUUAAGAUGAAGCAGCUAGGCCUGGACCCAGCAGCCCCGCCCUCGGACUCGCCGUAUGUCUGAGUGGGGUUGGCGGUGGCCCAGAGUUGUGCGAGUGCUGGGACAGGACACUAGUGCACCUUAACGGGACGGUAGGUAGUGGUAGUGGCGUUCAGCUGUAGCGAGGAGGACCGUGUAGGUAGGUGUAGUCGCAUAUCACAAGGUAUCUGCAGACCCGUCACACCGUGAGUCGCGGUAGUUGCGUAUACGCAGAGUCACGCUGGCAUGCACAUGACCCCAGGUUAUUGUGUACACACCACAUUUCUAUGCAUGCAAUCUGUGUGACUUGCAAAUGCAGACACACAGUCAUAGGCACACGCUGCGAGUGACCGUUUCGCUGACGCUUUCGGUUAUGGUUAGUUGGCCAGCAAUUUACGGCCGAGAGGAUGGCGGCGAGUGACUGUGAAUCAUACUGCCUACCCGUUUUUUGCCUACCCCUUUAAGGUCCUCCUUCACACUUGUUCGACAUGUAUUACUCACACUCCCGUAAUAUGAGAGGUACUAGGUCAGUAUGCAACAGGGCACAUCUCAUAUGAAGUCCGGUACGCGUUGAUAGUAAAGUGUUUGUGGUUUAUUUAGUGAUCACGACGCCGAUGGAGUUCGCCUGCCGACAGCUCGAUAAUAAGCCUCCAACCUAGUUUUAGUAGAAGUAGCAAUGAUUUGUAUACGCCUACACAUGAAUCAAUACAAUAAAAUCAAC